AUGGAAAGAGACUUGCACUACCGCCUUGCUAAGAGCGAAGGGUACAGGGCCAGGAGUGCUUAUAAGCUCCUAGAAAUUAUAGAAGAGCAUGGCAUUCUGCAGGACGUACGAUCGGUUAUUGACCUGUGUGCUGCGCCGGGGAGCUGGAGCCAAGUGAUCAGAGAAAAGCUUCCUUCAGCCAAGCUUCUCGCAGUGGAUCUGCAGAACAUCGAGCCCAUUGAAGAUGCAAUCAUUCUCAAAGGAGACAUCACAUCCAAAGAGACAAUUGAUGAGAUAAAAAGCGAAUUUAAAGGAAAAGUCGAUCUCAUUCUGUGCGACGGGGCGCCAGAGGUAACGGGUCUGCACGACUUAGACGAGUACUUCCACUCAUCGCUAAUUAAAGCAUCGUGCAACCUCUGUGCAUCUUUGCUCUCUCCUGCUGGAUGCUUUGUCUCCAAAGUGUUCACAGGAGACUCUCCGGACAUUUUAAUAGAAGAGCUAAAAGAGUAUUUCUCGGAAGUAACUCUCGUCAAGCCAAAGAGCAGCAGAAUAAAAAGCAAGGAAGCAUUUGCAAUAUGCAAGAACCUUCAUAGGCGCAUUUGA